UACUCCUGACCUUUUAUUAGAUCCUGCAGUUGUCAAUAUGUCGUUGUUUAUUAAAAUAACUAGCGGUAAUCUCCAAAAUAUCAUGAAAAGCAGCCAUUAAGAUUUCGCAUAUUGAACUUGUUUAUUUACGUAGGAAACAGUAACAAAAUCAAACAAACGUUUCAAAAGUGACGCUCAAAUGAAUGGAUAUUCCAGUUUUCUUGUCCCGACAAGAUUUUUAGUCCUAUUGUCACAUCUGAUGCUUUGCUUCUGUUGCAUUUUAAGUGAUGGUAGAAAGUCACUACGGUACGGGUUGUUGUAUAGCCAAUUGGCGGAUGAGUAUUUCGAAUAUAUAAUCUCUUUCUCUCUUUCUGUUAUAUUUGUGAUGUUAGAACUAUGUGGGUUUUUGAGUGGUGCUACGAUGUUCAAAAACAUACAAAAUAUCAUAUCCAUUUCUUGUCACUUCUCUGGCACUAUACUGACAGCCCACUUCAUCAUCAGAAGCUGGAAAAUCGGUUGUUACUGGUAUGGAUUUGGGUUUACAGUUUGCUUUCCGUUAUUGUUAGAGAUUUGGAACGUCAUGUCAAAAGUUUGGUUCAGAAACAGUUUGUGACACAGAUGAUUGACAGAAAAUAUAAAGAUAAUUUUUUAAAAUAUAAAUGAAUGUUCUGACCCUAUUUAUUAUAUUCCUUUCAAAGGACUUCAUGAACCAAUCAGUGUUUAAAAUGAGAACAAUAAUGGUUUUAUACACAAUAAAAUAUCAC